AGGAAUUUCGGACUAGUUUCCUAACAAUAAUCAAGUAGAGAUCUUGGUGUCCCCAGUCAGGUUUUGCAGAACUGGGAGCCAUGAAGCUGUGGGUGCUGUGUGGAUAUGUCUCUCUGUGCAUCGUGGUAGUGGCUGCGUCGGAUGUCUCGCGGACUAGUAUCUCUAAACUAGUUGUUGGUACCCAGGGUAAAGCAAAAGAGGACUACGAUCGUGAUGAUUUCAAUGGCGGUUAUGGGCCUCUCGGGACUUUAGUGGCCAAUGACCCACAUGAAGGAGGACUUCAUAAAGUGAGGCCCAAGAGGAAUAGUGACAGUAGCAAAAAAACCAAGCCUCCUCGGAGAACCGGAGGAUAUUCGUUGAUAGCACGGCCACAAAAACAGGAACCAACAGAUGUGAAGAUGAGGCGAAGCCGGGAUACCACAACAGCUCGUCCAAAAUAUUCUGGAAGAUAUUCUUUACUUUUGGCACCACCAACUCUACAGCAAAAAGCAAGGAUAAAGAGACAAGACAAGGCUUCUAAAAAAAAGCGCGAGAAGUGUACUGGAUGCUUCUCAGCUCUGGUGCGUCAAGAGAAAAAGGAUGAAAAAUUUGUACUUCAAAAAGCAAGAACAAAGAGGGAACACGUAUUUACUGGAAAAGCCAGCAGAAAGUGUGAUGACUGCGACACAGCCCUGUCAGCAAAAAACGAUGAAAUGGUAUCUCAGCCAUCGAGGAGGGGAAGACAUCAUAAAGACAGAAGAAGAGGCAAGAUACAUCACACAGCAGAGCCUGACCGUUUCAGAGCAGGAAAAUACAGCCCUAUGUCACUACGUCCUGAUUCAGGAAGGAUAAUGUCCAUUCCAGCAAAUGGCAGCAGUGCUCAGGAGAACAGGCGAUCAGAGCGGAAGAAAGGCAGGAGGCUCCACAAGGAGCGACAUCAUGGGAAAAACAGACAUGUGGGACGCCACUCUGAACCACCUGAGGAUAUUGACAAGGAGAUCCAAGAAAGGCUUCAGUGACCCGCAGGGGCGGCCAUUGUGGACAUUUAUAGGAAGGAAUCGCUUGUCUACGACUUGUAACGCCGUCCAUCGCUUAUCUUUUUAUACAAAUAGAACACUAAAGAAACACAUGCUUAUCUUAAUGGAGCGGCUCCCACUCUACGGGUUAAUCUACCAAACCGUGACUUGAUGCCUGAGGCCAAAACAGGCCUUAGAGAUUCUCUUUUUAUGUUUAAUAUAUUGGUGUAAAAUUUGCAAGCCAAUUGUCAGCCCACAAUUUCCCUUGUAUGUAAUGAUUCUGCACGGUCUCCCCAAAUUCCAGGACCCCCUGUCCAAAGUGGAAAAUAUGGCCGCUGUGUAUUAUGAAUAAACAACCACAAAUCGAACAGGAACUCAAAUGGCUAAAUCACAAGCAGAAUGCCCAGCAUUAAAGCAAAUUCACCCUCAGCCAGCCCAAGGCCACCGACAAUGUACCUACCCCUGCCCUGCAGCACCUUCUCACAAGGUAUGUCACCCUCAGCCAGCCUAAGGCCACCAACAAUGUACCUACACCUGUCCUGCAGCACCUUUUCACACGGUAUGUCACCCUCAGCUAACCCAAGGUCACCAACAAUGUACCUACCCCUGUCCUGCAGCACCUUCUCACACGGUAUGUCACCCUCAGCCAGCCUAAGGCCACUAACAAUGUACCUACCCCUCUCCUCUCUGCACCUUCUCACAUGGUAUGCACAGAUGGUAAUGUCACUAUGUUUUAUAGGAAUUUGUAGCAAAUGUAUAGUUAUAACCAACAGGAGUUCAAUGCUGGGAAUUUCUAAAUCCUGAUGCACCAAGACUCCCCUAGGCUCCUGCAUGUAUACUGAAUCAGCUACUGUAUCUCAUAGG